AACGGGAAAUUCGAUUUCCACAAUUUUCUUUCAGUUGCUUCUCGAUCAGAAAUAAGUUUAUCUUUGGAUGGGGGCCAGAAGCCUGUUUUCCUGGGUCAGCCCGUUACUCUCAGAUGCACGGUUAGCAAUCGACUUGUCCAUCAAACGAGCCUCUCUGUCUUAUUUCUGAGCAACGGCACUAUGCAGGCGGAGAACUGCAAGGCCUACAAACCGGCGCAGUAUGAGGUGACGUGUGAAACGGGUGGUCAAAACAGUGACAGUGCCACGCACACUUACCUAUUUCACAUCAAGUCAGUAAAUUGGACCGAUCGAGGCAAAUGGACUUGUCUUCUCUCCGGUUCAACUUCCGAGGUCAAUUUGGAGGUACAUGCCCCACCGAAGAUGGCGCCGAUUGAGGUGGAACGCGUCAGCGUGCCGUCGUCGGGCGAUGCCCACAGACCCCCGACAGGUGCCGAGUCCGACUCGCUUGUGCCAGCCAAUUCUCCUCACGCACCGCCGUUCUACGGCCUGGGCACCCGAACCAACCCCUACGACCUGCGCUCGGGCCUAGCGCUUUACCUCAAAUGCCAAACUGAGUGCGGCUAUCCCGAGGCCGUGCCGCAGUGGACGGUGAACAACGUGACCGAUUCCCAACCACGCAAACUACCCUCCACCCACCGGGUCAGCACUUACGCCUGUGAUGGCAAGCCGGAAACACGAGAGAUGUCCACGUCGACUACCUUCUUGAAUGUGUGCUGUGAACAUCAUCAGUUGAUCGGAAUUAACAAGCUUCAGUGCUCCAUUACUGGGUCUGCGGAACCCACUGCCUCCAGACACAUCUACCUUCUCUGCCCGGGCGGCGAGGUACCAAUGACCUUGACCAGCGGUGAGAUAGUCGGACUGGGCGUGGCGGCGGUGGCGUUGUUUUCGCUCUUCGUGACUGGUUGUGUUCUGCUGCGUGGUCGCUCGAAGGAAGGCGCCAUUAUUUCAAAUUCCCACUCUCGCGGAGAGUUGGUGUGA